AUGAAAGGUACACACUUCAGCGCUGGUCUUGUCCUGCUCAUUGUCCUCGUCCAGAGCAGCCUGGAGCUCCCGCUACAAGACGACACGACCAGCUCAGAGACAGACUCGAGUCUCCUGGAUGAGAGGAAAGAUAUGAUGCGGGCGAGGAGACAUUCAGAGGGAACGUUCUCGAACGACUACAGUAAAUACCUGGAGACACGGCGGGCGCAGGACUUCGUUCAGUGGCUCAUGAACUCCAAGAGGAGCGGCGGCCCAGCGCGGCGCCACGCUGAUGGCACCUACACCAGCGACGUCAGCUCAUACCUGCAGGACCAGGCGGCUAAAGACUUCAUCACCUGGCUGAAAAACGGGCAGCCCCAACCUGAUGCUGUUCAGACGAGGAGUGUGGACGCGUUACGCAGGAGACACGUGGAUGGCAGCUUCACCAGUGAUGUCAACAAGGUGCUGGACAGCAUGGCUGCCAAGCAGUACCUCCAGUGGGUCAUGAGCUCUCAGGCAUCAGCAAGCGGCAAACGACAUUGAAGUCCCAGAGAAAGACAGAGUGCUUCCCGUUCCUGGAGUGAACCUUUAGGAUGUUGUUCUUCACCCUGAGAAUCUUCAAAUCAU